GCACCACUCCGCGCUCCCGGUGCGCGCGGCAGCAGCAGCCCGCCGCUCUCAUUAAACGCGCGUUUCGGGUGGAAGAGGAUGAGCAAGCGGACCAGGAGCGCAAAUGUUGCUUGACCAAGGUUUUGUCUGAGGCUCCCGGGGGAUUUCUCCUCUCUUUUCCCUUUUUUCCUCGGCCGUGUCGGGCAUCCCUCAUCAGUCGCAUCGCUGCCCAGGAGACGCAGAGCCGAGGAGGAAGGCGCUCCUGAUAUCCUCCUCGCUGCUGAAUUAUUGAGGAGUAUCUGUUCCUCGGGCUCGGGGUAGCGGAUGCCUUUGUCUUACAUCGUCCCUGCAUGACACGGAUCACCGCCGAUGGCCAUCCAUCCGUUCACCCGUCCCUCCUCCGCGCCGCUCGCGUCCCGCUCAGGGUAGCCGGGCGCCCCGAAUUCCGUCCAGAGGAGGGGGGGAUGCAACCUACAACAACCCCUGAGUCAAAUGAGGGACCCCUGAAUCCGCCGCUCGUCCAGAGACAGAUCCCCCCGCGCCUCCCCGGAGCCCGCGCGCCGGCGGCUUCUCCAUGGCUUUCGUGCUCCGGAGAUGGAGGGUCCUGCUGGUGCUGAACGUGCUCGCGCUCGCCGGGUUCAUGACUUUCUGGGCCAGGUGCAACAACAACGGCGGCGGCGGCGGCGGCCCCGGGGCAACGGCACGGCGCCGGUGCCGGGCCCGGGGCCGGGGCCGGGACCGGGGCCCCGGCAUCAGCCAUGAGGGGCUGCUGAAGAGGCUGAGCUCGCUGGAGGACGUGGUGUACCGGCAGCUCAACGGUCUGUCCAAAUCUCUGGGCCUGAUUGAGGGCUUUGGGGGUCUGGGUAAAGGCGGCCUCCCCGCCACGGUGAAGCCCACGGAGGAGGACAAGGCCAAAUACCUGAAGGAGAAGUACGGCUACAACGCCUACCUCAGUGACAGGAUCUCCCUGGACCGGACCAUCCCAGACCACCGGCCCAGCAAAUGUACGAAGGUCACCUACCCGAGGGACCUGCCGCAGAUCGCCAUCAUCUUCAUCUUCGUCAACGAGGCGCUGUCGGUGAUCCUGCGCUCCGUCCACUCGGCCGUCAACCACACGCCGGCCCACCUGCUGAAGGAGAUCAUCCUGGUGGACGACAACAGCGACGACGAGCAGCUGAAGGCGCCGCUGGAGGAGUACGUGAACAAGCGCUACCCCGGCCUGGUGAAGAUCGUGAGGAACCAGAAGAGGGAGGGGCUGAUCCGGGCCCGGAUCGAGGGCUGGAAGGCGGCCACCGCCGAGGUGACGGGCUUUUUCGACGCCCACGUGGAGUUCACGCCUUCCUGGGCCGAGCCGGUUCUGGCCAGAAUAAAAGAGGACCGCAAGCGGAUCAUCCUGCCCUCCAUCGACAACAUCAAGCACGACACGCUGGAGGUGGAGCGCUACGAGAACUCGGGCCACGGCUACAACUGGGAGCUGUGGUGCAUGUACAUCAGCCCGCCCAAGCAGUGGUGGGACGACGGAGACAUCUCGGCCCCCAUCAGCACUCCCGCUAUGAUCGGCUGCUCCUUCGUGGCCAACCGCGUCUACUUCGGCGAGCUGGGCCUGCUGGACUCCGGCAUGGACGUGUACGGCGGGGAGAACAUCGAGCUGGGCAUCAGGGUGUGGCUGUGCGGCGGCAGCAUGGAGGUGCUGCCUUGCUCCAGGGUGGCUCACAUCGCCCGCAUGAAGAAGCCGUACCACAGCAACAUCGCGUUCCACACGCGGCGCAACGCCCUGCGCGUGGCGGAGGUCUGGAUGGACGAGUACAAGUCCAACGUGUACCUGGCGUGGAACAUCCCCAUGGAGAACCACGGCAUCGAUUACGGAGACAUUUCUCAGCGCGUCGCCCUGCGGAAGAGUCUGAACUGUAAGAGCUUCCAGUGGUACCUCGACAAAGUUUACCCGGAGAUGAGGAGGUACAACAACACGCUGUUUUACGGCGAGAUCCGGAACUCCAAAGUGAACAACCUGUGCAUGGACCAGGGCAUGAAGGAGAACCACACCGCCACCCUGCACCCCUGCCACGGCUGGGGUCCCCAGAUCGGGCGUUACACCAAAGAGGGCCAGCUGUUCCUGGGUCCGCUGGGCAGCACCGGGGAGGACACCCGCUGCGUGGUGGACGACCAGCUCAGCCGCUUCCCUCAACUCCUCAACUGUGACAAGGUGACCAACGUCCAGCAGAAGACCUGGGAUUUCAGUCAGAACGAUUCCAUCGUGAACCGGGCGACGGGCCGCUGCCUGGAGGUGGUGCAGGCCAACGUCUACUUCGGCCACGUGCUGGUCCUGGCGCCGUGCUCGGGCCAGAAGUGGACCAUCAAGAACACCAUGAAGCAAUAGUCCGCUGGGCCAUUUUUUUUUUUACCAGGACCAAUUAACGGCGGAGGCCGUUCCCAGGAGCCGCCGCCCGCCCUCGGCUCCGCCCACGGCACAAACGGCGAGCAGGGGCUCUUCAUCCUCCCCACAGAAGGAGGGAGAAUUAAACUCUGCGACGGAGCGGCGGGGGUUUUAAGUUUAAGCAUGAGGACUGCGUCUGUCUGUUGGGUUUUGACAAACUUUCAAUGUGCUGUUGCCAUUUUUUCUGUCGGUGCCACUUUUUUCUCUCUCUGCUCCAUUUUUUUAGGAUUGUGAGUAAAAGUUCGAUCAACCAAAUCUGUGUUUUUCUGUCUUUAUGUGGGGGAAAAGAGUUUAUAUCCUCAAAAUCUUUCUGCAAUAUCUCAUUGUGAAUCAUCUCAUGCCUUUUGAAGAUGUGAAAAAGACUGAAUUUGCUCUGAUUUAGGGAAUAAUGGUAGAUUUAUUAGGCUUCAAGAAGUUGUUAGUGCAGGAUGCACAAAACUAAUGAGCGCCUACUUGCCAAGCAUUCAUACCUAAAUUACCAUUUGUGUUAAUAAAUUUAGAGCCCUGUAAAUAUUGAGACUUUGGUCAGAAAGGCACCAACAAUAAAUGCAAUGGAGCCAGUUUUUCCAGUAAAUCAUUACUGUCAAGAGGGCUACCAGCUAAUUCAUGAUUCUGACUUCUUUUCGUGUUUUGACUGAGCUCUCUGUAGCGGCAGGACUUCCUUGUAGCAUGACUGUAAGGACUUCACGGGCGCAGAGGUGCAGCUGAUUUGUUCUGAUCCCUGCUGAGUGCCAUAACUACUGCAGACGGCCAAAAGUCAAGAAGCACUUUUUCUUUUGCUUUCUUUUUUUUCUGUCAUGUUGAAAAAAAACUGCAGAUUAUAAGGAGGAGGGUGGAGUCGGCGAUGGACACGUGCACAAGGCGCCGGGCUGUGGGAAUGUGGAGGGCUGUUCCUGAAAGCAGAUGUAAAUGAUGUCGUUUAUUCAGUGUGAUCAGUUGGGUUCUUGCGCCACGAUUGUCUUCCAAUAAACAACUGGUUUCCUCCA